GCGGCCGUCCAGCGGGAGGCGGAGCGAGUCCAAAAUGGCGGCUCUCAGGCUGGCGCGCUCCGUGCUGCUGGGGCUUUGAGGUGGUCGCCGGGGGUCCGGGGGACCAUUUCCCCGCUGCGGAAGCCCUAGAGGAUGAAUCGGGGACCCUGCUAAGGUCUGGCAGCGGGGCUGGAGAGCAGUGGCAGCAAGGGCUGCGGUGGCGUCCACGCAGCGGGAUGUGCGAGAGUUACUCCAGGUCGUUGUUGAGGGUCUCGGUGGCGCAGAUCUGCCAGGCGCUGGGCUGGGACUCGGUGCAGCUCAGCGCCUGCCACCUCCUCACGGACGUGCUGCAGCGCUAUCUGCAGCAGCUGGGCCGGGGCUGCCAUCGGUACUCUGAGCUCUAUGGCCGAACAGACCCAAUUUUGGAUGAUGUUGGUGAAGCUUUCCAGCUGAUGGGGGUUAGUCUACAUGAACUAGAAGACUAUAUUCACAACAUUGAGCCUGUCACCUUCCCACACCAAAUUCCGUCAUUUCCUGUUAGCAAGAACAAUGUACUUCAGUUUCCUCAACCUGGAAGUAAAGAUGCAGAGGAAAGAAAAGAAUACAUUCCUGAUUACCUGCCACCCAUUGUGUCUUCUCAAGAAGAAGAAGAAGAAGAGCAGGUGCCCACUGAUGGAGGCACAUCAGCAGAAGCCAUGCAGGUUCCCUUGGAAGAAGAUGAUGAAUUGGAGGAGGAAGAAAUUAUUAAUGAUGAGAAUUUCCUGGGCAAGAGACCACUGGAUAGUCCUGAAGCUGAAGAACUGCCAGCCAUGAAGCGGCCUCGACUAUUAAGCACUAAAGGGGACACACUAGAUGUUGUGUUAUUGGAAGCUCGAGAGCCACUCAGCUCAAUAAAUACUCAAAAGAUCCCACCAAUGCUUUCUCCAGUCCACGUACAGGACAGUACAGACUUGGCACCUCCCUCACCCGAGCCGCCAAUGUUGGCUCCAGUUGCAAAAUCACAAAUGCCAACUGCAAAACCAUUAGAAACAAAGUCAUUUACACCUAAAACAAAGACUAAAACUAGCUCUCCAGGACAGAAGACUAAAUCACCUAAAACCGCCCAGUCACCAGCAAUGGUCGGAAGUCCUAUUCGAUCACCAAAAACUGUAUCCAAAGAAAAGAAAUCACCUGGACGUUCCAAGAGCCCCAAGAGUCCCAAGAGCCCCAAGGUCACGACUCAUAUUCCCCAAACACCUGUGAGACCUGAAACGCCCAACAGGACUCCUUCAGCUACACUCAGUGAAAAAAUCAGUAAAGAGACUAUCCAGGUAAAACAAAUACAGACACCCCCUGAUGCUGGGAAACUGAACAGUGAGAAUCAGCCGAAAAAGGCUGUGGUAGCAGAUAAAACGAUUGAGGCCUCUAUCGAUGCUGUGAUUGCACGAGCCUGUGCUGAGCGAGAGCCAGAUCCUUUCGAAUUUUCUUCUGGAUCGGAAUCUGAAGGAGACAUUUUUACUAGCCCUAAGAGAAUUUCAGGCCCGGAGUGUACUACUCCCAAAGCUUCCACUUCCGCGAACAAUUUCACAAAGUCAGGAUCCACUCCUCUGCCUCUUUCCGGUGGAACCUCAAGUUCCGAUAACUCAUGGACAAUGGAUGCCUCCAUUGAUGAGGUUGUACGUAAAGCAAAACUGGGAACACCUUCAAAUAUGCCCCCCAACUUUCCUUAUAUCUCUUCUCCGUCAGUGUCUCCUCCCACUCCCGAACCUCUCCACAAGGUGUAUGAAGAGAAAACCAAGCUGCCUUCCUCCGUGGAGGUAAAGAAGAAGUUGAAAAAGGAACUAAAGACUAAAAUGAAAAAGAAAGAAAAGCAGAGAGAUAGGGAGAGGGAAAAAGACAAGAACAGGGACAAAAGUAAGGAGAAGGAUAAAGUGAAAGAGAAAGAGAAAGACAAGGAAGCUGGCAGGGAAACAAAGUAUCCCUGGAAGGAAUUUCUUAAAGAGGAAGAGGCAGAUCCCUACAAGUUUAAAAUCAAAGAAUUUGAAGAUGUUGAUCCCAAAGUGAAAUUGAAAGAUGGACUUGUGAGGAAGGAGAAAGAGAAGCAUAAAGAUAAGAAGAAAGAUAGAGAGAAAGGCAAGAAAGAUAAAGAUAAGAGAGAGAAAGAAAAAGUGAAAGAUAAAGGCAGAGAAGAUAAGAUGAAAGCCCCAGCACCCCCACUGGUGUUGCCCCCAAAAGAGUUGGCCCUGCCCUUGUUCAGCCCUGCCACAGCCUCCAGGGUCCCGGCCAUGCUGCCAUCUUUGUUGCCAGUGCUUCCGGAAAAACUGUUUGAGGAGAAAGAGAAGCCGAAGGAGAAAGAAAAGAAAAAGGACAAAAAGGAGAAGAAGAAAAAGAAGGAGAAAGAGAAGGAGAAGGAGAAGAAGGAGAAGGAAAGAGAGAAAGAGAAGAGAGAGCGAGAGAAGAGAGAAAAAGAGAAGGAGAAACACAAGCAUGAAAAAAUAAAAGUGGAACCAGUCGCUCUGGCCCCGAGUCCAGUUAUCCCCAGAUUAACUCUCCGAGUCGGUGCUGGCCAAGACAAGAUUGUCAUCAGCAAGGUGGUCCCUGCCCCCGAGGCCAAGCCGGCGCCCUCGCAGAACAGGCCGAAGACCCCACCGCCGGCCCCCGCACCCGCCCCCGGCCCCAUGCUCGUCAGCCCUGCGCCCGUGCCGCUGCCGCUGCUCGCCCAGGCCGCCGCGGGCCCUGCCCUGCUGCCCUCCCCGGGUCCCGCCGCCUCCGGGGCCAGUGCCAAAGCCCCCGUGCGCAGCGUGGUGACUGAGACGGUCAGCACCUACGUGAUCCGAGAUGAGUGGGGCAAUCAGAUCUGGAUCUGCCCUGGGUGUAACAAGCCUGACGAUGGGAGUCCCAUGAUUGGCUGUGACGACUGCGAUGACUGGUACCACUGGCCCUGUGUUGGAAUCAUGACUGCACCCCCAGAAGAGAUGCAGUGGUUCUGCCCCAAGUGUGCGAACAAGAAGAAGGACAAAAAGCACAAGAAGAGGAAACAUCGAGCCCACUGACGGCUCCCGAGGGGCUGGACCAAGCGGGGUCAGCCCGGGCUUCUUCCCUGGCGCCUCUGGAAGGGAGCUGGUGCAAGUCUGCCGUCACAUCCACCCCCAGAUGCCUGUGGAUAAAGAACCCAGGAGGACUGAGGCUGGAACACACCGCGCACCUGGAUUGUUCACUCCCGAGCCGCCUUGGCCUGUGGCUCCGUGGCAGUGCGACAGAAGGAAACUCGAGCAGAGGCGUGGCCUGGGGGCUGCCCCUCCUCCACUUCUCUAAUACCGGUGACAAGUAUUAUUAAUAAAGAGCGUACAUCUUCCCUUUUGAUUUCCUUUAUUCUCUCCAGGGCCUUUUCAUUGAGGUAUUAGAUGAGAAGAUAAUGUACAAACUGCCUCAACUGUAAUUUAAGGAUGAUAGAGUCUGUAUACAGUUUUCAGCCCCUUUCCCUCUAUAGUAAGAUAAUCAGAAUAACAUAAAAGAAAACUCCAGUUGGAGUACCGGUAAAUAUUUUUGUGAUAAGAAUAUAUGAAGCUUCCCUCCUUCCCCUGUUUUUAGUACUAACAUGUAAAACGUUCAGGCUUUUGUGAAAUACCUUAUAUUUUUUAAGAAAAAGGUUUCUAUCAUGUCCUGUUUGCUUUUGUGCAAAUUAUUUUUGUUUAAUGUAUUUUAUAUCUUCGUUGCAUUCUAAUUUUGCCCUUCUUUAAACUGCUGGAGUCUCUUCUCACUGCUUGUACAUUUCAUCAACUUGUAUAAAAACUCUUCAGACUAAAAGAUUGCCCCUAAUGUAAAUAAUAAAUAUUUAUGAAGUAGUUAUUUUUUAAAUUUUUAUCGUGUUUAAUUCUGGCUUUCUCUGAAAUCCACUGUGAUUUCAGCCAGGUCUGUAAUGACGCUGGACAGAAACAAGGCUAGAGAAAAAGCCAUCGUUCAGAGAAAUUUCCCUUGAGAUCAACCUGUGCAGUGCCCGAAAAUAUCGUGGGGGAAAGGGCCCGAGCAGUUGGAAGGAAAACAAGGCAAUUUAAAUUUAGAGUUUAUGAUUUGAAGUUGUUUUGUUUGUUGUCUAUUUUGUUUUUGUAAAUUUCUUUGACAGACUUUUACUAAAAGGACAUGUAGUUUCCAUGAAAGUGAAAAAAAAAAACACAAAAAACCCACAUAUACUGUAGCAUUUUGUCUUUAUAUUGUUUUAUUUCUACAAAUCUGUUCAUUAAUAUUGUGCUUUAAGGCUGAAAUGAAGUAUAUUAUGAAUUUUUUUAAGAAAACUCAUCAAAUUUCAGGGUAUCACAAAACUUUAUUAUAUUAUUAUACUGCCCACUAUUUAUUAUAUGUUAUAGAUGUCUGAGAGGUAAACCAAAUAUUUUAUUUUUAAUGUUAAAAAAACAUCAAAUUUAACUUUAUUAGCAUAUUUUAGCAACUUUGGGAUAAAUACGGACUUUUACUUGAUUUUGAAAUAAUCCCAGUGUAGGCCCAUGUGCUGGAUCUGUUGGAUGCUAGAAUAUGGGCUUUGAACCUAAUACAAAUAUAUUACUAGAAAAUGUGAUUUUUUAAAUGCCAAGUAAAUUGAUAUUAGUGUAUGAAUUAGUCAUAUUUUAAAACAUUAUGUGGUUAGAGAAAUGCGGUUUUCUGCCAUGAAUGUUAAGUUGCAAAUCAGUGGAAAUGGAGUCGACCUCUUUGGAGCACAGGGUGUCAUUGCCCUCGUUGUUCAAGAGGCCAGAAUUUUUCUAUCCCCGCAAAGAAACAAAGCAUCUAUGUUGAGAUAUGUGUUUUUUUGUUUGAUUAAUUUGAGAUCAUUCUAAAUACUUUAUACAAUAUUUUCACAUGCACAAAAAUGCGCGUUAGUGGUUUUUGGAGAGGGGUGAGGGGUGGGGGAAGUGCAAAAUAAAGAUUAUUGGCUAUUUCAUAGUUUGCUUUUCCAUUUUCUUUAUUUAGGAUUUAGUUCCUUGAGGCAUGGUCCAUGAUCUGAAGUUGCCACGUUUAAGUGAGCAGGUCACGCUACUGAAAUCAGAAUGGAGGUGCCUAUAUAUAACUUCCCCCCCCAAUCUUACUGUCUGAGAGACUUCAGCCCAUGCUACAUUUAAGGAAUUUCAAUCAGUUUGUUGUCCCUUGCUAUUUCAUGGUUGCUUUCCUAAAUCCAGUUCAUGAUUUUAUAAAUGGUCUUUGCAAUAAUAAAACCAAAGAAUCAUUUUCAGGGGGCUGGGGAGCUCGAGGGAUUAGUAAUGGAAUACAGAGCCUUUCACCUCUAGGUCAGUGAGUCGGAUCCAGUCCAGGUCACUAGAGACCAAAAGUUGUCACCAUCUUCUGACUGUUCAGUGGCCUGUGUGAAGUGAACUGGUGGUCUCAGUCUCUAUUGGGUGGCUGGCUGUGACACCAACCAAAGGAAGUUCAAGAAACUGCAAAGAGAAAUGUGGAUUAGAAAAUAAAACAUCCACAUUACAAAGAAAAAGUUAGAAAGUUGGGCGUAGUCAUUCUCCAGAAAGUAAUACUGAAGAAAAAAGAGCAACUUACAAAUACCACAGACAAACAGAGAUUAAUUUACUUUCCUUAAUGAAGUCAAGCAAAACCGGAAAAGAGAAGCCUAUAUUGGGUGAGAGGGGAGAGGGUUAAGUGGGGAGGAUGAUUUGAUCAGAAGAAAAAGUUCAGGGACCCAAACAUUAGGAAAAAAUGGGUUUUGACUUUUGAGGCAGAAGGAAAUCGCAACAGCAGCAAUUUGAGGAACUACUGUAGCAGAAUUAGACACAAAGGAAUGAGAAGUAUUUCCCUUUAGAGGGCUUGCAGUUUUCCAGUUGGAAGCAAAACCCUGACCGGUGUUAAUUUAGCCCAGCACUAUCAUUUGAAUAGCAUCGAUACUUUAUUAAGAGAAGUAAUGGGGGUGGGGGGGCGGGGAUUGUCCUGACUAGUGAUUUUGUUGAGGGAGAUGGUAUUUGAGAAACAGACCCUCACCUCAUGAAACCGAGACGCUCUUCUGGUGUGAUAAUCUGCCGUCAGAGCCAGAUGGAACUGGCAGAGCUUAAUUUCUGUGGCUGACAAGGUGUUUCUCUUCCAAAGGUGUCUACAGUGAGGCACAGUGAGGAUCUUUAUCCCCUGACUGAUUUGUGGUUCCAAAUGUCCUGGAGAAAACCAGAGGCUAUCGGAGUCUUCUGACUUUGUCGGGCUUUUUUCAGAGAUAAAAUAUAGUGCAUUACUCUCCUGUAUCACCUAAACUGCCUUUGUUCUCCUUUCAAUGGGAUGAUUACACAAAGACCUACUAACCAAAUUAAAGUAUAAAAUGAACACUGAGAUAUGGAAACCUUGCCACUAAGAAUGCUAAUGAAGAAAGUUCACUAAAGCCACGCUGGCUGUGUUUUCAAUACAAAUAGUUUUAUGGCCAAUCUCUUUAGAUCAUAGCAGUUUUCUUUAGAAGUGUAAGUCUAAAAGUAGAUGAGUUAUCUUGACCGAAGAAUGAAACACAUAAUGUCCUGAAUAAUGUCUCUUUCCACAAUGGUAUCAGUCAUUCUGUUAGGAAACUAUUUCUUUGAGAAUCUUGCAUUCGAUGCAGCCUAAAAAGUAUAAAGUAACUAUUAAUCCAUGUGUGCAGGCGAGUAGAUGACAUCGAAAUGAGAUAUUUAGGUGGACAGGUUGUUCAUUUAAUCUACAUAUGAGUUAUUAAAAUGGCUACUGGUUAUUUUUUUCGUUCUGGGCAACUCAGUUUUCAAUUUAGUUUGAAGAACAUUGUUAAAUGGUUUCAUUCAUUUCGUCCACAUUUGCUACGCACAUUUUAUGGAAAUGGCAAUGAUGUAUCAGAACCAAGUUCAUUUCCAGUUGCCUGGUUUCUGAGCUGCUCUAGCCCUUCCUCUGGCUCCAUGAUUUUGGAAUUGUUCCCAAAGUAUACUAUGUAUUAAAGUGUAUUGCAUGAAA